AUGGCCCCUGGCACUCAGGCACUGCCUGUGAAUGCCAUGUCGUGCCGGUCUAAUCAAACUCAUGUCAAAACAGCAGGAGCUGCUGGCAUCUCAGCUUGGACCCGACUUAUCCUGGCAAGAGCCCCAACAGCCGUCAGCAGCAAUCAUGGCCGCAGCAGUGACAAUGGCCCUGCAGCCCCAUUGCUUUUAGGGAGCAGUGCAUCAGGAGCCCCGUGGGCAGCCUGCUUGCGUGAGGCAGCCACACGCCCAGUGGGGAGCAGGCAGGAUGGCAAUCGUCACACCUCCACUGGGGCUGACAAACCUGCCAUGGCACCACUCCUUCCAUGCCCCUAUUUCCUCCCUCACCCCUUCUCCCGCGGCUGGGGGCAAGCGGCCAUCUCACGGACCCCACAGCCAGAGUUUGGACCCGGCGACAACUGCCGCCUCGGGGCAAACCGCCAUCUUGUGCCUCUCGGGGCUGAGAGCCGCGCCUCCCCUCGCGCAGCGCGGCGGUACGGACUGCUGCUGCUGCCCGUCCGCGUCGGUGCGGCAGAAGGAGGGGCCCUGUCGCAGUAGCAUCCUGUCUGCAGGGCCGAGCCGGGCCUGCUGGCGGGGACCGCUAGGGACAGCCGGGGCAAGGGGCAGGGGGCAGAGGCCGGCACGGCGCGGCGCAGGCCCGGCGGCCGCAGGAAGGGGAGGGAGGCGGUCGCAGCCAUCAUGCGUGCGCUGCCGGGGUUGGGGCGGCUGCUGGCGGCGCGGGAGUGGGGGUGGCCGCCGCGCCGCUGCCUCACCGCCAUGGCCCGCUACGGCACGGAGCAGCGGGGGCGGCCCAACUCUCCCGAUUACCGCCUCUACUUUAAGAAUGCUGAUGGUAAAUAUAUCUCCCCAUUUCAUGAUAUUCCACUCUUUGCUGGAUCCAAAGAGGAUAAAGAGAUUCCUGCAAAGAGGUCAAAGACUACAGGAAAUGAGGUCCUAUUUAAUAUGGUUGUAGAAGUGCCUCGUUGGACAAAUGCAAAAAUGGAGAUUGCCACUGAGGAGCCGUUGAAUCCCAUUAAACAAGAUACAAAGAAAGGCAAGCCUCGAUAUGUGGCAAAUAUCUUUCCUCACAAGGGUUAUAUAUGGAAUUAUGGUGCUCUCCCUCAGACCUGGGAAGAUCCAAACCAUACAGAUAACAUUACAGGAUGCUGUGGGGAUAACGAUCCCGUUGAUGUUUGUGAGAUAGGUUCAAAGGUUCGUUCUUCUGGUGAGGUUGUUCAAGUGAAGGUCUUGGGUGUUUUAGCUCUACUUGAUGAAGGAGAGACAGAUUGGAAGAUAAUUGCCAUUGGUGUGGAUGACCCAGAAGCCCAGAAAAUUAAUGAUAUUGAUGAUGUCAGGAAGCACAAACCAGGUUACCUUGAAGCUACGAUUGACUGGUUCCGGUGUUAUAAAGUCCCUGAUGGUAAACCAGAAAAUCAGUUCGCUUUUAAUGGAGAAUUUAAAGACAAGGAUUUUGCUGUUGAAAUUAUUAAAUCAACCCAUGAAUACUGGAAAGCUUUGCUUCAUAAAAAAGCGGAAGGAGGUACUGUUAAAUGCACAAAUGUUCUGGUGAGUGGCAGCCCUUUUUGUUGCAGUGAGGAGGAGGCCCGAUCAAUUGUGCACUCGGCAUCAGUGCCUGCGAAUGGAGAUUCUGUUUGCCCAGAAGUUGAUUCCUGGUACUUUUUUCCACGUGAUCAUUGAAGUGUUCUGAAGCCACAUCUUCAAAUCUUAAGUCAUCCCAUUUUUGAAGAGAGGCACUAAUGGUUGGGUUCCCGUUGUGACAACUUUUCAAACUAUGUAAAUCUUUGAUCAUGUAAAUAAAUGCUGACAUUAUAAAAUUGAUGUUUCCUUUCUAUGUCUGUCUUUGUGAAGGGUGGAGCAAAGAGGAGAAGAGGGCUUGCUUGCAUGUUUGUUUCUGAAUCGUAGACGUCCAGGAUUAUUCUGAUCUGCUCAUGACAUGUAAUGUCGAAUGAGAUGGGUGAUAAGUUGGCUUCAACUUUGUUCUCCAGAUUUUGGAAUAAUCCAGUCAUUGGGUGCAUAGAAGGCUGUGUUAAAUGAUAUCUCAGGCUUGUCUGGCCACCCUGACUGUAAUCCUUUUCAAGCAGACAAUAAUCUUUAUGUAAUAGGCUUAGCAGUUUACCAUGUUCUUUAAAAUGCAACUGUGCUUAGUUUCCUGAAUUGUAUUCAUUUUUGUGCCCAGUUGUCUCUGCUUCACAGAGUUAUGGGCAGGGUAGAUUUGCUUUUACAAAAACAAAUACAACUGUACUGAGUAAUUCAGCUAGGAAGGGCUAAUGAAUGCUGUAACAAUUGAAGCAAGGAUGCACAUGUGCUCUGUGUGCUGCAUCCUGUUUUUGAUAAGUUAUGUUUCAUCACACAGGAAGGACUUUCCUUAUGGAAAGCUUCCAUUUUUAGAGUUGUGUAUGCCUGAAGGUUUAUGAUAGUUCCUCAUGCAGUGAGACAAGAUUAAUAAAUUGUGUAGAGCUUUGUUUGUUUGUGGUAAAAAUAUCUGCUGUAUUUUUUUUACUGCAGUGUUCUAUCUGGCCUAUGGCACUGUUAAAUAUAGGGGGUUUAGAUGUAAGGUGUAUGAGAAAUGCAGCAUAAACCUCAGAAACUAAGAACUUUUCCUUUUUUACAGUUACCUUUGCCGUAUCAAUUAGUUAUACUUUGUGGUACACUUUAGAAUUCUAAGCAUACAGCGCUGUACCUACAGAUAUAGCGGCCUUUUUUCUUUUCCUUUA